AAUGACUCAGAUAAAGCUAAAAUAAUUUGCAUGAUGUAAAUGGCUUGUCAUACAAAUAUUUUUUUAAUUUCGGCACAGUACGGCAACAUUGUUCAUAAACAGCUGUUCGCCGCGUUUUGUAGGAAUUUUACUGUUGAAAAAGUGUAAUUUAAAUUUGAUCAAUAACAAUGUCAGAUGAUGCAGAGGCGCCCAAAAAGAGCUUCUACAUAUUUGGACGGGAUGUUGCUCAGAUACCUUGCUUUCGUAACAGUUUUCUUUAUGGCAUCAGCGGCGGCAUAGGGGUCGGCGUUUUGGCAUUCUUAGGCACCUCUCGCCCCCACUUGGCCACGCAUAUUGGUUUCGGCUCCUUCUUUUGUGGCACAAUGGUCUAUUGGAUGGCCUGCAGGUAUCAAUGGUCGGCGAGGCGCUUUGAGCAACAACAACUGCGCGAGGCCAUGCGCCGGCAAGCCAUGUACGAGGGCACAACAGUCGAGCGUGAGUUGGAUAUUAAGUCGGCGUAACGUGUAGUAUAUAUAUGUAUAUAUACAGACUGGCUAACACUUUAGAGUCAUAUAUUCAGACGAGUUUGAGCUGAAUCAUGUAUAUAUAAGAUUGUUUUAAGAUUCAUAACUUUGCUGUCGAGUAAGUUUAAUGCCCCGAGUUGUAUAUAUUCAAUGUACAUAUACACGAAAGCGUAUAUUUGAGCGAUAAGGUAUAGUUGUGGAAUAUUUAAGUGCAAAAUACAAAUACAUAUACACUAAACGCCUCCCAGGCAUAUGU